AUGCCCCCGCGACUCAACCACCGCAAAUCCACCCGCGGAUGUCGGCGGUGCAAGGCUAGAAAAGUCAAGGUAAUUGAUCACUCCCUCUUCUCCACCCCACCGAAAGGAUCAAUUUCCCAUAACGACUCGGUACCGAAGCCCUGCGUUAAUGUGGACCUUAUUGCAAAAACACAGUGCAGCGAAACCCGCCCCAAAUGCCAGCACUGCGAUCGUCACAACCUCCCCUGUGAAUAUGCGCCUCUCGAGCCGCGCAUGUACACUUACCGAGAGGAUACUUCCAGCAAUAGAAGCACAAGCACAGCCAGCACUACCACCACCACCACAGCCCUCCUAUCCUCACCCACUUCUACAUCCACAUCCCUAUCCAUUCCCAUCCCCACCCCCUCACCAUACACCUCCAACCUGCAAGCCCCCCACCUAGCCCCCCUAAACACCACCUCCCUCCGCCUGCUCCACCUCUACAUCUCCUCCACCUCACACACAAUGGGCACCGCACAGAUCCCCUCCGUGCGCGAAAUGUGGGAACUCUCCGUCCCCGAAAUGGCCUUUGAGUACCAGCCCCUUCUUUCCACUUUGCUAGCUGUGGCUGCGGCGCAUCGCGCACGGCUUGUGCCCCAUGAAGCGGAGGAGUUGAGACGUGUUCAGGGCGGGUUUAUCGCUCAGGCGGUUGGGGGUCAUAGGGCUGAGACGGCGAAGCUGGCGGUGUCUUCCCCGGGGGCGGGUGUUACGGAGACAUUGUGCAUGAAUGCGAUUUUAAUCUCGUUGUAUACGCUUGCGUGCAGGAUGGAUGGUGGUGCAGGAGGAGGGGGAGGGGGUGCGUACGAGCCUCCGAACCUGUGGCUGAAUAUGGCCCGAGGUGUAAGGACGGUCGUGUCGAUGGUGUAUUAUCGGCUUGUGGAGGAGAGGGCGCGGAUUGCGCCGUUGUUAGUUGCCAGGCCGAUUGUGCAUCGAGGGGAUGUGGAGGUGCAGGAUGGGGGGCCUAAGGGGAGUAGUGGGGAGUUGAGGUUCUUGGUAGACAUGUUGCUUGGUAAUGAGGAGGAAGAGGUGAUGGGGGUGUAUGUGCAGUGUGUUGGGUAUUUGGAGGGGUUGUUGAUGGCGGUUAGGAUGGGGGAGUCUGGGUAUGAUAUUCGGAAGAGGUUUUCGUCGUUUCCCAGUAUGGUUCCCGGGGAGUUUCUGGGGCUGGUGAGUGAGCGGAGGCCUAGGGCGUUGGUUAUUCUGGCGUAUUUGUUUGCGUUGGUUAGGGGUGCCGAGGGGGUGUGGUGGUUGAGGGGGAUUCCGGAGAUGGAGGUUCGUGGGAUUAAGUCUAUUUUGCCGGAGGUGUGGAGUGGGGUUAUGAGGUGGCCGGUGGGGGUGGUUAAGGGGGAGGUGGAUGUUAAUGAUGAGGUAGUGUUAUGGUUAUGA